AUGUCGGUCCUGCUCGAGACCUCGCUCGGCGAGCUGGUCAUCGACCUCGAGGUCGAGCGGUGCCCGCGCAUCUGCGAAAACUUCCUGAAGCUCUGCAAGGUGAAGUACUACGGACUGAACGCGUUCUUCAAUGUGUCCAAGGAUUUCAUCUGCCAGACAGGCGACCCCACCGCGACAGGGACGGGCGGCGAGUCUUUCGAGUCCUAUGCCUGGUCGCAGAACCACGAGGGAUCCAAGCCGCCGCGCUACAUCGAGCCCGAGAUCACGACCAAGCUGAAGCACAAGGAGCGCGGGACGGUGUCCAUGGCCGUCGCGCCCGUCGAGCCGCCGGGGUGCGGGAGCCAGUUCUUCAUCACGCUGGCGGACAACAUUGACUACCUGGACGGCAAGCACUGCGUGUUCGGGCACGUCAUUGAGGGCCUCGACACGCUGGACAAAAUCAACGAUGCCUUCCUCGACCAGGAGGGCCGGCCAUUGCAGGACAUUCGCAUCCGGCACGUCGAAAUCCUAGAGGACCCCUUCGAGGACCCGCCGAACAUGAUUCCGGUUCCCGACUCGCCGCUGCGUGCGCCCGACUCGGGCUUUGCGCGCAUCGCCGACGACGAGGACCCGUUCAAGGAGAUGUCGGAAGAGCAAGCGGAGGAGGAGCGGCGCAAGACGGCCGCCAACUCGUCGGCGCUCACGCUCGAGAUGAUCGGCGACCUGCCCUUCGCCGCGGUCCGCCCGCCCGAGAACAUCCUCUUCGUGUGCAAGCUCAACCCCGUCACGCAGGACGACGACCUCGAGCUCAUCUUCUCCCGCUUCGGCAAGAUCCUCUCGUGCGAGAUCGUCCGCGACAAGAAGUCGGGCGACUCGCUGCAGUACGCCUUCAUCGAGUUCGACCUGAAGGAGAGCGCCGAGCAGGCGUACUUCAAGAUGCAGAAUGUGCUCGUCGAUGACCGGCGUAUCCACGUCGACUUCUCGCAGAGCGUCGCCAAGAUGAACCGUGCUCAGCUCAUGGGCUUGAACAGCGGCAGAGGAGGACGCGGAGGCGGCCGUGGCGGCAUGCGUGGCGGCCACCGUGGUGGCUUCGACGCUCCGAGGCAGAGGGACGCUGGCUAUGGAGACAGGUACGAGAGGAAGCGGAGCAGAAGCCCUCGACGAGACGACGACCGCCGUGACCGCGAUCGCGAUCGCGACUACCGGGAUCGGAGAGACGACCGCCGCGACUAUGACAGGAGAGACCGGGAUCGCAACCGUGAUCGUGAUCGUGAUCGUGACCGUGAUCGUGACCGCCGAGACCGAGACCGGGACCAUGACCGGGACCGUCGAGACAGGGACCGAGACCGGGACCGGGACCGCGACGACCGCCGCGAUAGGAGAGAUAGAGAUGACCGCCGAGACAGGGACCGCCGCGACGACCGCGACAGGCGGGACCGUGAUAGACGAGACGACCGCUAUGAGCGUCGCUAG